AUGAUUUUUAAUGGUAAUCAAUUAGCGAAUUCAAUUUUAUAGACUCUUCGUGUAACAUCUAAAAUAAAGCCAAAAUUAGGAAUCUGUUUAGUUGGAGAUUCACCAGCCUCUAAAUCUUAUGUGAAUAGGAAACUUAAAGCUUGUCAGGAAAUCAAUGUUGAUGCAGAAGUAUUUAAUUUUUCAGAGAAUGUUGAACAGGAGCAAUUGAUUAAGCAUAUCUAAUAAAUGAAUCAUGAUGGUAUAUUAGUGUAAUUGCCAUUACCACCACAUCUGAAUAAAUUGGAUAUCAUACAUUCGAUUCCCUAUGAAAAAGAUGUGGAUUGUUUACAUAUGCAUAAUUUACAAAGGAUUUUAGUUUAUGGAGAAUUAUGUGAGAUGUUACCAUGCACUCCAGCAGCUGUAUUAUAGAUUUUAGAUUAUUAUGAUGUUAAUGUGAUUGGCAAGAGAGUAACCAUGAUAGGUAGAAGCUUCUUAGUCGGAAUGCCAUUGUCAUUGUUGUUACAAAAAAGGAAUGCCACAGUCACAGUUUGUCAUAGGGAAACAUUAAAUUUAGAUUAACAUAUUAUGAAUGCAGAUAUUGUAAUAAGUGCUGCUGGACAUCCCAAACUAGUUAGAAAUGUGAAGUAAGGAGCAAUAGUAAUUGAUGUUGGAAUCUCAUAAGGGGAAAAGAAAGGCAAGAUUGUUGGGGAUGUUGAUUUUGAUGUAGUCAAAAAUUAGGCAUCGCUUAUUACUCCUGUUCCUGGAGGUGUGGGACCAAUGACUGUGUGUAUGUUGAUGAGGAAUCUAUGCAAUAUUUGGAAGAAGAAAUAAGGGUAGCCAGUGUACAUCAAUCCGAAAUUGAGUGAUGCUUAUUUGAAUGAUUGA